GAACCUUUUUCUCGGAAAAUGGAUUACUUACGAGAAGCAUAUGCCGAUUUGACCCAAACUAUUGGCUACACAUUGGCAGUGAUGCAAACAUAUUUUUGGCAUAUAUUGAUCGGGGCCAUAGCAUUCGCUUACCUAUUUACAAAAUUCCUAGGCCCAGCCUUAGGAAAAUUGUAUGGAAGCUAUGAACAGUACAGGAAACGAAAGGAAAUUUCCGAAUAUGAAGCCAAGUACCACAAAAACCCUGAUCUGUUCGCUGCAAGACUCUCAGCACAACAAGCAGCGGCUCAGAAGUUGCAAGAGAAAUAUGAUAAAGAUGCCAGAGAGUAUCGGGAAAAACUAAUAGAGAAAGAAGCCCGCAAGAGACAAGAAGUGGAAAAUCUCCUGAAUCAAUCAGACAAAGGACACAGACUAGGGAAUUCUAAUGACAAAGGAAAGGAUGAAUCAAAGCCUUUCAGACCAGAAUAUCAUCCACUCAUGGGGCCAGGGAGUUCCUCAAAUUACAGACCACCCAAAAAAAGUAAAUGUGGCGGCGGUGGAUGUGGAAAAUAAGUGAUAUUCUCACAGCUUUAUUUCCUAAAAUUUAGCCAAUACUCCACUCCGUUGCUUGAUGAAGCUUUGAAUGUUCUUUACAAAAACUAACCAUAACCGCCAUUUAAAUAAAAAUUUAAAAAACUUAAA